AGAAAACAUUGUUUUGCAGUAAAGGAUAGGUAGCUGGAGGUUCACUUGUCUAGUACUAAUGAAUUAAGUUAUUUCUGCAGUUACCUUGAAGUUUCUGGGAGCUAGAAAAGGUAAAAUUGCUUACAAUAUGUGAAGUUUUGAUCUUGACACUGCUCUUUAGCUAAGCUGUUAGCUUUUCAGAAUUUAUGUUCAUGAUGAACUUUUGUCUCUUGUGACAUUAAACCUUUUAUAUUUUUUAUAUUACAUCCCGAGAUCUCAUAUUCUCUUUUUAAACUUCUUCAGCUUAGCAUUGUGUUACAGAAGAAGAUAAAGCCAGCUGAAAGUUGUGUAUAUAAACAGUAAAUCAGAAUGAACCCACAUGUGCUUUUUUUCCCCUUUAAAUGACAAAUCCUGCUCAGAUGCAGGUUGAAAAAGAAAUAAAAAGCAAUACUGAUGAAAUGCUAAAAAGGAUCUUGUAAUAGUAGAAAUUACAGGACAACCCCCCCACCCCCAGCACAACGGUUUUGCUGUAAGGGUUUGUCAUGUUGAACAUGUCCACUGCAGCUGUCUGGCUUUAGAAUUUGGAAAAGACACGUCGUCCUCAGGGAGAUCAGGAGCGGCCUGUCUUAGCAUGCUGGAGUGCUGAGGUAAGGCUGAGGUCAACGAGACUAAACUUGUUGGAUAACUUUGGAAAUGUUUCAUCACUCAUCUAACCGGGUUCAUCAGUGAAAGUUUUGUUCUUAAGUUCAUUCUGUUUCAUUUCCUUAGUUUCUUAGGUCUGGAAAGAUGUAGCAAGAUGAGUGAUGAGACGAAGCGUCUGUUUAAGCGUAGGACUGGAAAACCCCCGGGUUUAAUUUAAUGUUUUAAGACGCUGACCUCUGACCUGUCAGUGGUUUGUGGGGAAAGUUUGGAAUGGUGAAAGGGCUGAAUCAUAUCCUGUGAGCCAACUUUUCUCUACAGAUUAUACCCACCUCCUCAGAAAAAAAUCCAGGAUAUUGUGAAUGAAACAUCUUUAUUAUUGAGGUUUCAGAAAUCUUCACAUCCAUUGCUGCAGGCAUUUCUGUCUUAAAUCUUACGCAAAUGCCAAAUAUGGGAUCAUGAGCUGUUUGUUUCUCAGUGCUUACGGCAAAAGCGGGGGAAAAAAGAUCCUGGGAGAAAGAGCUUACAAAAACAUUGUGGGACUUUGACUCACCAUGUCUCUGAAUGAUGGAUGUUGGAUGUGGUGAUGAGGUUGGAGUCGCUGAUUCCAGCCUGAGGAGCAGAGAUGGCAGUCAGCUCAUUCAACAGAAGGCAGUGGGCCUCCCAGUCCCUCCGCGUCACAGCGAAAGAGCUCUCGAUUGUUGGAACUCGGGGGAAAAAUACCGCCAUAGCGGAACGAUUCUCAAAGUACCAGAAAGCAGCAGAGGAUAUCAACUUGGACAAGAAAAAAGCCGUGGAAGGCGUCGCUCUGCAAACCGGUACCCUGAGCGCACUGAAAAAGCGCUGGGAGGCUGAACAAUCCCUCUCCUCCGACCAAAGUCCACACACUCCACCAAGAUCUGCAAGCUCUGCUGACUCAAACUUCCCCCCGAGGGUCACAGAGAUGGAGAAGACGCCACAGAGGGACAUGGAGGACACGGACAAGCCCAACGUGCCUCUCAGCAGCCUCAAAAUGAUGUUUGAGAGCAAGGUUUCUGGAGAGUCGGUACAAACCUCAGGAAGUGGCCCUGACAAAAUGGAAUUUGGAGACAAAGGAGUGUUUGAGACAAUGGUGGAGACCACGCCCCUCAGGGAAAGAAUGGCCCUCUAUCAGGCCGCAGUGUCUAAACUAGACGUGUCCUCGUCCUCUUGUGGCCAGAGUGAAGUGGACAUGGAGGCACGUGCUUAUAGCGUGAAGCAGAAGGAAAAUGUCCCUCCGGUCCCGCUGGAUGUGACCUCCACUCCUGAGUCUGACAGCAGGAAAGCUUCAACCACAGAUAACAACGCAGGCUCCACUGUGGCUACUCCUGUUUCUGACCAUGGCCAAACUAAAACGGUUAAGAAGUUCAGUUUGCCGACGCGUGAGAGCUGCGUGACGUGCACGAAGACCGUGUACCCCCUGGAGCGAUUGGUCGCCAACCAGCAAGUUUAUCACAACUCCUGCUUCCGCUGCGCUUACUGCAACACGAAACUGAGCCUCGCAAACUACGCCUCUCUACAUAACAACGUCUACUGCAAGCCACACUUCUGCCAGCUCUUCAAGGCUAAAGGGAACUACGAUGAAGGUUUUGGACACCGUCCCCACAAGGAGCUGUGGGACUCCCGAGGAGAGGGUUCAGAGGACCAGGAGGGCCAGGAGGAGCCUUUGGAAAACAACAGCAGUCCCACAGUGGAGGAGUCUCCUCUGGUUAAAGUGAACAUCCUCACUGCCUCACUGGAGACACGGGCUCAGGAUGCAUCAUCAGAGAGAAUGGAGAAACCAGUGGAAACCAGACGGCUGAAGAUCUCCUGGCCUCCAAAAACAGACAGCGAGGAAGCUUCAGCUCAAACCAAUGUGCUGGCUGAAGAGGCCGCUGUGUGUCCCAGCCGCCCAAAAUGGCCACCAGAGGGCGACUCGAGCCCACUCUGUACCGAAAAAGCAGAGCUCUCUGACAUCUGCAGCAGCUCCUCGCUUAAAGAGCGCAGCCGCCCCUUUUCAGUCAGCAGCCCUGCCUCAGCUGUCAGUCAACCCAGUCUGACACGCCCAACUCAGCCCCAGCCACUGGAAAAGCAGGAAAUAAGUGAAGAGGCUGGACAGGAGGAAGUGGAAGUCGAAGAUAGGCGUGAUGAAGGAGUCACUGAAGAGAAAGAUCAGCCGGAAGAGGAGGAGCCACCGUCUUUCACAUGCCAGAGUGCAUCACUGGAGGACACACCUCCUUCCUCCCCCCUCAGCGAGGGUGAAUCAAGCUCUGGGUUUGAGCAGAAACACUCUCAGGAUGUGGGAUUCUGGGAUGGCGAGGAAGAGCAAGAUGCGUCCAUUGAGGAUGUGAUCAGGAAAAACCGUCACUACGAAGAAGACGACGACGAUGACGAUGACUGAUCCGUGUUACCAAUAAAUGAGUGAAACGAAAUUAAAGUCUGUUUAAUUCCACUGACUUUCAAGGGAUCACCUUCACUGGUCUUCCUUUUAUCUGUGGCAGUAGUCUCUGUCCCUCAGUGAGUGAAUUCAGAUUUCCACAAGGGGCCACAUCAUGUGCAGCACAUGAGAAAGAUGCACAAGGUUUUAUUUUUAUUGGUACUUUUUAUGUAUGUACAGUGUGUAUUUUCUAUGUCUUUUUUGUAGCGUAUGGGUUGCCAUUUAAUGUUGCUUUGAAAUUUUAUAGAAUCUUUUUUCAUGUUAUCUGUUAGAUAGAAGAGGUGCCAACAUUUACAGUUUGGCUGUGGCAUUUGCAGUUUCUGACUCUGUGCCACAAAAAUAUGGAGGACACCUGAAAACGACUCUUUUCUACUGUUUUAGCUAAAGCAAAAUGCGAAUUAAAUUCUCCCAGUGGACAAGCCAAUUCACUGAAGGGGAAAGGAUGCAGUACAUAAUAGACAUUUGCUUCUGGUAGUGCUUAUGCUGACUUUACCUUACACCUUAGACUGUGAAUUCGUAAACCACUGUUUUGUGAACCACUAGAAAACAAGAACUGGUCUGUAGUCGCUAAAAGCACAGGAUAGAAAUUGCUGUUCAUCAUUUAUGACACCACUAACCGUUAGGGUUUUUUGUGGUAAAGUUGUUUUUUUUCUCUCUGUUUGCUAGGAUUUUCUUGCACCUCUGUAGUUCUGUUUUAGAUGCUCUUAUAUAAUCCACCAUAAAACAAGUUGUACAAGGACAAAAAGCAGUCUACUAGUUCAAGUCAUUCAUUAUUAUUAUUAAUUUUUUUUUUUCCAGAUGCAAAAUAAUUUGUUUUUGAUUGAGCAUUAAGACUUGGCAGUCAUCCAGCUGUGUGAGCUAGAGGCUCGGACUUUGGAAAUUUGUUUUAGUCAUGGAAAUAUGUCUCAGCACAUGUGAUCUUUUAGAAGUGAAAUAGGUUGUGUGCUAUGUAUGGACAGCUGUAUGGAUGUAUCAAUGGAUGCCUUUUAGCACGGUCUUGCGCACUUGCAUUUUAAAUGUUACUUUUUUUUAAAACCAGGGGACCAAAUUUCCUUCAAUAAAUAAGUAUUUAAUACAUAAUUGUUUUUUUUUUCUUCAACAUUUUGAUUGUUGGGCCUCCAAAAAUGGGUGCGUUUACACAAUUUAUACAAGAAAUAAUGAAAAAUGAAGUGACUCAGGAUUUCUUAAACUAACACAGUUCACUAUGUGUACUCUCUCUCAAGUGACUGUCACAUGCCCCUAUAGCUCAUGUUCCAACUGCUUGCUUUCUAAAAGAUUGAUCUAAUGCUUAGAUUCCAAAUUUCUAUGGAAAUCAUAACCAUAUGUUGGAAAUGGUUUCGUGCUGCAAUUAGGGUACGAUUGUAAACAUUUCUAGCAGCAUGAGAUCUCGCAUAACAGCAGUGUGUGUGUGUGUGUGUGUGUGUGUGUGUGUGUGUGUGACAAAAGCAGUCAUCUAUUAUACAACUCAACAAUAUAAAGGAGCAGGCAGAAAACGAUUGCUCGAUGGUCUGCUUCUUCAUAUUCCUAUAUGGUUUUAUCCAAAUUCAAGACUUUUUCAUGUGAUCACAAGUAUUACACUUUUAUGUAAACCUUAUCCCCUUAUCCAGAAAGUAAAGCACUCAUUCUAAUAUGUUAUCA